AAAUUACUUAAAAACUAGUUACAUUUUUUUGUAAUCAAAGUAUUCUAUAGUGUGUUAGCCUAUAUUACCAAUGUAUUUGUAACAUUGCAUCUAGUUCAUUUAGAUCUAGAAUCUAGUUGUAGAUCUACUAUUUUUGCGAGUGGUUGUGGUUGAGUUGGUCAUCUUUGUCAUUGAUCUGUGUUUGUUAGCUGACUGAAGAUUGAAAAAGUUUAGUGAGUUAGUGCAGAGUUUAAGGACUUAAAACACACAACAAAAUGUCUGGCAUUGCACUUGGUCGUUUGGGAGAAGAAAGAAAAGCAUGGAGAAAAGAUCAUCCAUUUGGAUUUGUAGCCAAACCAACAAAAAACCCAGACGGCACACUAAAUCUUUUAAAUUGGGAGUGUAAAAUACCAGGCAAGAAGGGAACACCAUGGGAGGGUGGUUUGUACAUGUUGCGAAUGCUGUUUAAAGAUGAUUAUCCUAGUUCUCCACCAAAAUGUAAAUUUGAGCCACCUUUGUUUCAUCCAAAUGUCUAUCCAUCUGGUACAGUAUGUCUUUCAUUAUUGGAUGAAGAAAAAGAUUGGCGUCCUGCAGUCACAAUAAAACAGAUUUUACUGGGUAUCCAGGAGUUGCUGAAUGAGCCCAACAUAAAAGACCCUGCUCAAGCUGAGGCAUACACAAUUUAUUGUCAAAAUCGUGCAGAGUAUGAGAGACGAGUGAGAGAACAGGCUUCCAGAUUCAGGGACCCAACUUCUCGAUAGGAUUGUCAUUUAAGAACAUGAGGCAUUUAUCCUUAGUAUACUGGCCCACAUUGUUACAGCUGAACAUGUAUAGCCUAAAAAAGAUACAUCAGUGGAGUUUUCUCAGUUUUUUGUACUUUUUGUCAACUUAUUACUUUGAGUCAUAUUUUGUCCUGAAAAACCUUUAUGUAUGAUAUUGAAUAAAAAGUCAAUGAUUACAUGAAUGCUUUAUU